AGUCUAGUCUGGAAAUAAAUGGUCGAUGACAUCCUUCACAAAGCUAGUGCGGUUGAAAUUUUGCAUCAACUUUUCUACAAAAUGGAGGUUUGCUAGCCGAGGUUCGCUGACUGAGGGAGUAGCCAUCCGACAGUUAAGAAUGGCGGGGAACAGUGGUGCUGAAAAGCUAAGAAUUCGAGCCAGAAACCACCAGUAUGAGGGUUUCGACAAAGAGAACGAGGGCGCAUGGCGCGGUCCGUUCACGUUCAUCGCCUCGGCCGAUACGCAGUACGGCAUGUUUGCGUGCUGGGAAGACCCCUCUGCGCAGGACUGGCAAGAGGAGGUGGAGCUGACGCAGAGGGGGGUGGAGAGGAUCAAUAAGAUGAAGCCACGCCCGAGAUUUGUGGUCAUCCUCGGGGAUAUGCUGGACGCCAUGCCAGGCCGCCCGAGCCGUGAAGGCCAGAAGAAUUCCUUCACGGAAGAAUUCAACAAGCUGGACCCCGAAAUCCCCCUUGUCUAUUUACCGGGAAACCACGACAUCGGGGACAGUCCGUCCAUGGAGGACAUCCAGCUGUACCACGAUACUUUCGGUGAUGAUUUCUACUCGUUCUGGGUCGGAGGGGUGCGGUUCAUCGUUCUCAACUCCCAGGUCUACGCCGAUCCGAGUAAAUGCCAGAAGGCAAGGGAGGAGCACGACGCAUGGUUGAACAAGCAGCUAGAAGAUGUCCAAGCUACAGAAUGUAAACACGUCGUAGUUUUCCAGCACAUACCGUGGUUCCUAAAAAGUCCCAAUGAGGAGAAUGAUUAUUUCAACACAGACAUCAGGCUGAGGUUGCCAAUGUUGGAGAAACUGCACAAAGCUGGGGUGCGCAUCAUUUUCUGCGGGCACUACCAUCGCAAUGCGGGGGGAUUCUACAAGGGCAUGGAGGAAGUGGUGACGUCAGCUUGGGGCAAGCCCCUAGGAGAGGACAAAUCUGGCCUGCGCGUUGUCACGGUUACCGAGGAUUCCAUAACCCAUCGUUUCUACAACGUCGACGACAUACCUCUUGAAUGAUAAUGGAGCAUGCCAGAGGACAAAUCUUGCCUGCGCGUUGUCAAGGUUACGGAGGAUUCCAUCACGCAUUGGUUCUACAACGUCGACGACAUACCUCUUGAAUGAUAAUGGAACAUGCCACACUCACUAAUGGCACAUGCCAGACGAACAACAGUGAAAUUGUUUAUCUGGGUUUCCCCAAAACACCUCAUUUAUGUAUUUCAUUAAAUAAUUUUCGUGCCAAAUGUGACUUCAGUGGUUUUUUCUCUAUCCUUUGAAUCGAGGCUUUUAUGUUGUAAAUAAAUACAAAGAUUUAAAGCAAUAAUUAUCUGUCAUAUAUUAUUGCAAUUUGCAAAGUCUGGUUCUUUGCACAGUUCUCUUUGAUGGCACCAUCCACUGCGGAUUUAGCCAGUUAUUUUGUUGGGUGGCAGGAUUGGUAGGAUAAAAUGAACAUUUUACUUUCAUUAUAAUUAGCUCAAGAUGCGCGCCAUCUUUAAACCAUGUAGGAUCAUUUGCAAUUGUCCCAAAAGUGACCUAGGGAAUUAUUUUCAAAAAGUUGGAUCUUAAAAUUAAAGAUCGUACCAGUACUAAGAACCUUGUGAAAUUAUUCCGUCUGGGUUGCUGACAUUUCAAAGAAAUCAACCGAUAUAGGUGACUUCCAACGAUCAGUCAAUUGACAGAUUUUUGGAAAUAAAAGAGUGCUACUGACAAAAUCGUGUUUCAUGAUCAAAAAGUGCAUGGUUUUCUCGAGAAAUCCCCGGAUUUGAACAUUCAUCUUUGGAUUUUGAGUGGUGUUUUUAUUUGAAAUGAACAAAAUGCAUACAAUUUGAGCCAAUGAUUUAUGUGCCUUUAAAAAUUUUUUGUCUGGUACUCUCUCUAUCACAGACAAUUUAUGGUGACUGACAGACUACUGACUUCCUCUUUUAAGUGAACACUCAUUUUAAAACUGCCAUUUAUACUUGCUUGCUUGUAUAGUUGCUUAGUGUAUAAUUCUCUAUAUAACCUGAAAGGUUGUAUUUUUUUUUUUAAUUUAAUUUUUAGUGAUUAUUUGGUAAUUUGAGCAGAAUUUGAAGCGAAUGAGAGAGGCUUUUAGCCGAAGUUUGUUUUUGAAAAGCACUUAACUGAUACCACAGCCGGGUACAUUAAGUUUGGUACGGAUAAUUUUAUGCCUGUUUAUUACCCAGAAAAAAAAGUGGAUAACACUAAUACAUUUUAUUUGUUUUGGUGAAGUUUAGUCAGUAAGCAAAAUUAUGAAUCUGAAAAUUCUGGAAAAAAUUCAGAGGAAACAUGUACAUGUACUUCCUGGAUAGGUUUAAUUAUUUAAUUAAUUCUUAUCCAUGGCCAAAAGAUGUAUUUAUUUUUUUGAGAAAGCUGGUAAAUAAUAGUUUUUUGUAGAGCUUAAAAGUAUAAAUUUCAGUAUGUCUAGUUUUGUAAUCUUUGAUUAUGAAUCGUUAUUCUCACCGAUAAUGCCAACUACAUUGAAGCAAUGUCACUUCACAGAAACUGAUAAUUAAACUCUAAGCAAGAUGAAAAUUGAAAAUCCA